AUGUCUGAACCCGUCAAGAUCCACAUCUCCUCCGACCGCCUCCACACCCUCGUCCACAGCAUCCUAACCGCUAACAACGUGGCCCCCUCCCACGCAACGACCAUCACCAACGCCCUCAUCCUCGCCGACCUCCGCGGCGUCGAUACCCACGGCACCAACCGCAUCCCCAGCUACAUUGCCCGUAUCCGUCAGGGCGUCCUCGAUCCCGCCGCCCAACCCAUCCUCACCCAGACCACCCCCGUCGUCGCCCACGUCGACGGCCAGAAUGCCUUUGGCUUCGUGUCCGCCCACAUGGGCAUGUGCGCCGCCAUCCAGAGCGCCCACGUCUACGGCAUCGGCAUGGCUAGCGUCAAGCACUCCAAUCACUUUGGUAUGUCCGCCUGGCUCGUCCAGCAGGCUCUCGACGAGAACCUCAUGUCCCUCGUCUUCACAAACUCGAGUCCCGCGCUGCCAGCCUGGGGCGGGCGGGAGAAGCUCAUGGGCGUGAGCCCCAUUGCCUGCGGUGCCCCGGGGAAAGAUCCCGCCCAGCACUUCAUUCUUGACAUGGCGCCGAGCGUCGCGGCUAGGGGUAAGAUCUACAAGGCCAAGCGACGCGGGGAGAAGAUCCCGCCGGACUGGGCGCUGGACAAGGACGGGCGGAAGACGGACGACCCGGACGCUGCGCUCGGGGGUGUCAUGCUGCCGAUGGGGGGUCCAAAGGGGUCCGCGUUGAGUCUCAUGAUGGACGUGUUCUCGGGGGUUCUGUCUGGGUCGGCGUUUGCUGGCCACGUGACGAAUCCAUAUGACCCGAGUAGGCCGGCUGAUGUCGGUCACUUUCUCGUGGCCAUCAAGCCGGAUCUGUUUAUGGACUUGGAUGAGUUCAGGGAGCGGAUGCAAUAUUUGUAUGAGAGGGUGACUGGCUGUGAGAAGAUGGAGGGCGUCGAGAGGAUUUACUUCCCUGGUGAGCUCGAGAUCAUUGCUGCGCAGGAGCGGAGAGAGUCAGGGAUACCUCUUGUGCAGGCUGAGAUAGAUGCGUUGAAUGAGGAGGCCAGAAGAGUAGGCGUCGACGAAUUGAAAGUAUGA